CCAACUCCGACAAAGCUCUGUUGUGUUGGCCUGGACUUUGAGCCAUUCUUGGGGGUGGUAGGGAGGGGGGAACAGGAGGCUGGCUACCUAUAAAGGGACUGACCCUUGUACUGGGCUGAUGAGCAGACACACAUCUGGGGCUUCAGUUCUUCCUGCCAUCAUGGGUGCCAAGAGCCUCCCAGUCCUUACCUUCUGCCUGCUGCUGGUGCUGCUGCUGGGCUCAGCAGCCCAGGCUGCCAGGCCCCGAUUUCGACGGGAAGAAAGCCCUACCAUGCUGAGUAAGUUCCAGAGCCAACUCUAUGGCUACUGGGAGUCUGCCAAAGCGAAAGCCCAUCAAAUCUAUGAGAAAGUGCAGAUACCUGCAAUGGAUCAGAAUAUCAGGCAUGCCUAUAACAAAGGCUCCGAGGCCAUGACCACAUACACUGGGAUUCUGACAGAUCAGAUCAUUCACCUGCUCAAGGGGGACCAGUGAAGAACCGAUGCUGGGUCCCACUGCUCUCCUCUGUCUUUCCCCCAACCCAGGUAGCUCCAGCCUGAGGCAUCACUCCCAAACUUUCCCCUAAUAAAACUGUCUACAAAAGAGA